CGCGGAGCGGACAUCCGCGACGGCCUGCGCUCCCUCAAACAAACGCCUCGCCUCACGUGGAGGCGUUCCUAAAACGGGCGGUUUUCACAGCGGGUGCGGAAAUAGAACGCUCCCACAUCGCAGACAAGUUGCAAGACUGCGGAAGUAAACCGUUGUAGGUCAGUGUAAAAAUGUGCAACUAUUUGAACGGAACAGGUAAUGCUAGUCAGAGAGAUUGCUAUGAACCGAAUUAACGUCACAAGGUGUGUGUCGAGAGUGAUGAAUACCUGUACCGUGGCUCAUAGGAAGUGCAAGCGUCAGGAUUCGCUGUUAUCUGCUUUGGAUAACGCGCUUGGAACCAGAGUAAACGACCAGUGGUGAACUGGUGUAGCACAGUCCGGUCUUCGCAGUAGCAGAAAACAAUGUGGCGCCUCAGUGGAUGGCCUUUUACGCUCCUCCUGUUGGGGCUCACGCUGCUGUUGUUGGUGGUCUUCUUGAGAGAGGUGAACGCCUACUGGCGCAAACUGGGAGUCCCCUACGUGGAACCGACGCUCGUCUUCGGCAACGCCGCUGGUCUCUUCUUCAUGCGGGAGAGCUUCGCCGCUUUGAUCGAGAACGUCUACCGCCGCCUCGAAGGGUGCCCUGUCGGAGGUUUCUACUUGAUGACCCGACCGUAUCUGCUGCUCAGAGAUCCCGAAGUCAUCAAGAAGGUCAACCUGUGGGACGAGAGAUAUUUCCAUGCCUGCUCGGCGCAGGUGCGCUACUGCGGCUUCCGGCCGGCCUCGCACGAGGUGCUGCGAGACACCGCGGUCCACGCCGAGGUGCGCCGGCGCAUCGGGCUCGUCUUCGGGCCGGAGCGCACGCGGCGCGUCUUCUGCCUGCUGGAGGGGUGCGUGUCGUGCGUGCUGCAGCGCCUGCAGGCGGCCUGCCGCGGCGCGCCCGGACCCGUCGAGCUGCGCCCGCACCGCGUCUUCGCCGGCUACGCCACCGACGUCAUCGGACGCUGCGCCUUCGGUGUCGAGUGCGGCGCCAUCGACGACCCGAGCUCGCAGUUCCUGCGCAUCGGCAUGGAGGUGUCGCAGCCCUCUCGCUGGGACCCUCUUCUGCCGUGCCUGCGGCCGCUGCUGCUACCCCUGCGGUACCUGCUUCCGCGCUGCACCAUCAUCUCGGAGGGCCAUCAGCUGUUCCAGCGGCUCUUCCGCGAGACCGUGAGGCACCGCGAGCGGCACGGCAUCGAGUGCGAUGACGUCAUCCAGCUGCUGCUGCAGAUCAAGAAUGGCGGACUCGUGUCACCGUGCAGCAGUCCUGCCCUACCCGACGCGACUGUGGACGAGGCGCUGGCCUACAAGCUGUUCGGGCUGUUCCUGGUGGGCUUCGAGAUGACGUCGUCGGUGCUGAGCUUCUGCGCGUUCGAGCUGGCCGCCGACCAGGCCGUGCAGACGCGGGCGCGCCUCGAGGUGGACGCGGCGCUGCGCCGACACUCGGGUCGCCUCUCCUACGACGCGCUGCAGAGCACGCCCUACCUGGACGCCGUCAUCACCGAUGUCACCAUCAGGUAA